UUAAGCCAAAACAAAUACAACCCCACUCCUUACACACACUCUCGUGAUUACAUUCUCAUCUUCAUCAUCUUCUUCUUCUUCUUCUUCAACUCUCCAGAACCCACCACUAAAUGGGUCUUCGUCUUCUUCGCCACUACUGACAAUGUCCCAACGGAUUCGCUCCGUCAUCUUUACUACUGUACUUCACCUUUACCUCUGCUUUUCCAACUUCCUCAUUACGUCAGCCGUAACCGAAUUCGACUUCGGAACCCUCACCCUCAGCAGCCUCAAGCUCCUCGGCGACGCCCACUUGAACAAUGGCAGCGUGAGUCUCACUCGCGACCUCGCCGUCCCCAACUCCGGCGCCGGCAGAGUGCUGUACUCGAAGCCCGUCCGCUUCAAGCAACCCUCCACUCCGUUUCCGGCCAGCUUCUCCACAUUCUUCACGUUCUCCGUCAGCAAUUUGAACCCCUCCUCGAUCGGCGGCGGGCUGGCUUUUAUCAUCUCGCCGGACGAUGAGGUUGUCGGAGACGCCGGCGGGUUCUUGGGGCUCCAGAGCGUGGAGGACCCGGGUUCGGGUUCCGGGUCGAGCUUCGUGGCGGUGGAGUUCGACACGCUCAUGGACGUGGAGUUCAGGGACAUUAAUAGCAACCACGUGGGCCUGGAUCUCAACUCCAUGGUUUCGUCACAGGUCGGCGAUCUUGGCGCUGCGGAUAUUGAUCUCAAGAGCGGGGACCUCGUGAAUUGCUGGAUCGAAUUCGGCGGGUCGAGUCGGGUCUUCAACAUAUCCGUUUCGUAUUCGAAUCUCAAACCCAGAGACCCGCUCCUCUCCUUCCCUCUCGAUCUUGAUCAGUACGUCAACGACUUCAUGUACGUCGGGUUUUCCGGGUCGACCCAGGGAAGCACCGAAAUCCACAGCGUUGACUGGUGGAGCUUCAGCUCGUCUUUCGAUUCAACUCCCUCAACAGGCUCAGCAGCACCGCCCCCUCCGACGACUACUCUGAUGAACCCAACCGCCAACUCAGUCAAAUCUCCACCGCCUUCUUUGCCUCCAACUGGGUCGGCUUCAGCUUCUAGUACUAGUACUACACAGAAGAACAGUAAGUCUUCUUGCCAUAACCAGCUUUGCAAGCAAGGUCCGGGAGCUGUUGCUGGUGUGGUCACAGCUGGGGCUUUCGUUUUGGCUCUGUUUGCCGGUGUUUUAGUUUGGGUUUACAACAAGAAGAUUAGACAUGUUAAGAAAUCAGAGUCUAGUUUUGCUUCGGAUGUGAUUAAAAUGCCCAAGGAGUUUAGUUAUAGGGAGCUCAAGGCAGCUACGAAGUGCUUCAAUGCGAAUCGGGUUAUUGGGCAUGGUGCAUUUGGGAUUGUUUACAAGGGAAUAUUAUCAGAGACGGGUGACAUUGUUGCAGUGAAGAGAUGUAGUCAUAGUACUCAGGGGAAGAACGAGUUUUUGUCCGAGUUGUCUAUUAUCGGAACUCUUAGGCAUCGAAAUCUUGUUAGGCUUCAAGGUUGGUGCCAUGAGAAGGGUGAGAUUUUGUUAGUCUAUGACUUGAUGCCUAAUGGUAGUCUUGACAAGGCAUUGUUUGAGGCGAGAAUGCCAUUGCCGUGGCCUCAUAGGCGAAAAAUUCUAUUAGGGGUUGCUUCGGCAUUGGCCUAUUUGCAUCAAGAAUGUGAGAAUCAGGUGAUCCAUAGGGAUGUUAAGGCCAGCAACAUUAUGCUGGAUGAAGGGUUCAAUGCGCGGUUAGGGGAUUUCGGGUUGGCUAGGCAAAUUGAGCAUGACAAGUCGCCGGACGCCACGGCAGCGGCUGGGACAAUGGGGUAUUUGGCGCCAGAGUACUUGUUAACGGGCAGAGCUACUGAAAAAACGGAUGUGUUUAGUUAUGGAGCAGUGGUGCUUGAGGUGGCUAGUGGGAGGAGGCCAAUUGAGAAGGAAGUCAGUGGAGUAGGGAAAACGGCUGCUUGUAGCAAUCUGGUUGAGUGGGUUUGGAGCUUGCACAGAGAUGAAAGGCUGUUAACGGCAGCUGAUCCAAGGCUAGAGAGUCAAUUCGACGAGGCUGAAAUGAGGAAAGUGCUACUAGUUGGACUCGCUUGCUCUCAGCCUGACCCAAAUGUUAGACCUACAAUGAGAGCUGUGGUGCAAAUGCUAGUGGGUGAAGCCGAAGUCCCAAUUGUCCCAAAAACAAAACCCACCGCAACUUUUAGCACUUCACAUCUCUUGUUGAGCUUGCAGGACAGUGUUUCCGAUUGCAAUGGCAUGAUCACCAUCUCCACCUCCUCCUCCGAAAACAGCUUCAACGGUAUCGGUGAUGAUCAUAUCGUCUGAUCAAACGUCUAGAUUCAUUUCAUUUGUUUCUGUAUGUAUCACACAAUAACAUCCGAGGUUAGCUUACGCAGCAAAGUUUUCCCUGUUAAUUUAAAUUAUUAAUCAUACAUUAUACUCUAUCUCCAUUGUACGAGUGAAAGUGGGUCUUAUUUUGAUGGAGAAGACGAUGGCCAUAAAGAAAUGGGUUGGGGUCAUUUUCUUUGUUUGAUUGGUGGGAAAUGGAAUCGUGGGCAACUGGUUUCUUUCACAAGCAAUCUCAGCAAAAGCAGACAUGUAUGAGUAGCGUUUUGGUAAAGUAUUGUACCAUAGGAAGAAAAAAUAUGCAUAUUUAUCAUUAACCUUUUUGGAAACU